GCAGAAAACCAUGUGGUUUCCCUCCUCAUGGUCAUGUGAGCAUCUCGUAUUUUCUUAAUUGGCUUUCAUCUUUUUAUAAAUUAGUGAUCAAUUGUCUUUGGUUUGAUCUAUUUUAUUGAUUGCUUUAUUCUGAAAGCUUUAGUAUUGAACUUGGUUCUGUUCUGAUUUGCAUCUUAAAAUGAGUGAAACAAACUUAUUGUCCUGUGAUGAUCUACUCGCCUUUCAGGAUGCCAUGCUGAAGAUGAGGAAGGUAGAUGACAAUAUUAUCUAUGCCUUAAACAGUACAAUUUCAAUUGAUGCACACAAAAACGAUGUCUCAUUAUUGACCAGAGAUUGCAAAGACUUGUGGCAUCAGUUGAAUGAAUCUUACAACAACAGAGAGAAAGCCAUUAAACACUGUAUCUCAGCUGUUACCGAGAAAAUGAAGCAAUUGAAAGCAGAAAAGGAUAACACUGAAGUAUUCAAAAAGCUAAAGAAGGAACAGUUGCGACUAAGAUCUUUUCAAAAGGAACUGAGUGUCGAAGAAGUUGUCAAAGAUAGAAGUAAAAAGGUAUUUUAUGAAAGAUGUCGGAAUUAUUAUCGCCCUCCAAUCGAUACUGAGACUUGACAUUGCAUCUUUUAGAUUAGUAGAGAUGUUUAAAGUUACAAAAAAUAGAUAUGAAAUGUACACUAGAAGACUUUUGGUAUACUCUUAAUGAUAUUAAUAAACAAGUUAGAUGUUAUUUUUGGAAUCCUGGUAAUACAAUGCACUUCAAUUGAUUAUCAAAAAUGGGUAACUAUUACAACUAAUACAAACCAAGCGCUACAUGAUCUCAUGAGAGCAAGAUCUUGAACUGUAUAUUGUGAUCAAAAAGAUUUCCUUGAAUACAAUUCUCGAUUUGUAGAGCUUCUCAAAACUUCUUAUCUUCACACAGUUGGCUAUCAAUUCAUCGUUCGUUAUCGUUCACAUACCCCAUGAUCGGAGUUUUUAAUAUUUCCGAAUCUCGGCCAAGUUCUAUAGAAAGUAAGUCACAAACUCGUCAUUUUAGUUAAUUUUUUAAUAUGUAAACAAUAAAGGGCUACUUUUUCUGAUAAAACGGUAAA